AUGUUCGGCUAUGUUGUUGUUAACGAACAGAACUCUAUUGUUUUUCUUGACGGAAAUGACGAUUUCAAGUUAAAUUUUCAAAACCUGAUUCAUUCUGAGAUCACUAGUAGGAAAUCUGAAGUGGAUUCAGCGUCUAGUGGAGUUGGGAGCUCCACAUGCACAGAAGAUCCCGAGUCAUCCUCAAUGUCUUUCAAGAAAUCACUCACUAACGUCGUCUUUGAUUCAUCUGAAAUUUCACAUAUUCUUCUCCCUCUUAUCCUUUUGUAUCGUUCCACUAGUGAAAAAACAAAAGAUCCUAUUGACCAAAUGUCGUCACCGUAUGGAACAAUAUCGAUUUCGAAAUUUUAUCACAACUAUCUUGUGUUGGUGUUUGCCAAAGAUGAUCGUAAAAGACUAGAAGUGUCGCAGACUAUAGAACAUACGAUAGCAACGUUAUUUGGACCAUUGAUUGCAUUCUGUCACACAGAUCUCACAACUGUGAAGAAACCAAAAGAACAUCUCGCCGCAGCACUCACAAGAAAAUUGGUAUUCAGCCCAAGAUCUUACAUCGACAUCAGACGGAAAAUAUUCUAUUCUGAAAAAAUCGCAAAGCUCAAGGAUACGUUCCAGAAAAUAUCUUCUCAGUUGAAUGUGUUUGUGGGUAACAAUAGAUGUUUGUUAUUAUGCCAUGAUGACAUCAUUGCUACUUACAACUCUGUCGAAGGUACGGAUAAUGUUUUGAAGGGACUUAACACAAACGAUCUACUGAAUAUAGUGUCUAAUACGCCGAAAUGUGAUGCAACCAAUCGAAUCGAGCAGUUUUGGCUUCGCUCGACGACUGGUCUUAUACCGUAUUAUGUCAAUGUUAUCAGUGCGACCGUUUUCAAAAAUAUGACAUUAGUCUGUCUAGUAGAAUCAUCAGAGAACACGUUAAUAAGAUAUUUGUAUUUGUUUUCAAAACAAUUGGACCAGUUGAGAAUCAGUCAAGAUCUUAAUAAAGAUUUAAAAGAAGUCCGCAAAACAAUCAAUGACAUACAUAUCUUACUUCUUAAUAGAAAACCACUUCCUGACACUUAUUGUGCUGCCUUCAUGAGAAAUCCGAUGAGAGCUUCAUCAUUUUUCAAGUCAAUAUGGAAUCAAAUAGAAUCAGAAGUUCUUCACAUCAAUCGAGACUCUGUAACUCCUAAACCAAGGUCUGAGUCUAGGUUUUCGAUAAGCUCCUGGAGAAGUGCCCUUUCUGCAAUGUCAAUGAACUCCUCAGUUUUCACAAGAAUCACUAUGAAUGAGCAGAGCAUGACUCAGAAAAUGGACAUCCUGCUGUCAUAUGGAAAGAAGCAGAUCAACUCUUUGAUACAAGAGCUAUGCUCAAUAAGUAUUGUGAAUGCUCGGAUAUCAACACUUCCUUUGUUUAAUCAGUGCUUAGAAAAAACAGUGAAACCAAAUACUGUUAAAACCGUAGAAUCAUUAGACAUAGGUACAAGAGACCAAGAAGACAAGUUAUCCAAAUUUCUCAAACCUUCGGAAUUUUUCCUAGAGAUGUACGCAUACAGAAUUCAAUUCGAUGAUGUGCAGACCGAAAUCACGUACAUUUCCGAAGAAUACAAAACCGAUGUCAACUGGAUAAGACAACUAAAAAGUGCAAAUCGGUUCAGUUGUGAUUACAUUGGAAACUCGGGAGAGAAAUAUAUGAUCUACCAUUUCGCCCAUCCACCCGCCAACCACAAAGGAUUAUCUCCUGAAGGUCGAUCCAGUAUCAAAAUGACAGCAGUAUUCCCUGAGUUUAUGAACAAGAAUUUGGCUGAUAAACAAGCGAUGAAAUUAUUAGAAUGCGUUUUAAAGUAUUUGAAAUAA